UUUAAUUUCUCUGCAUUUCCACACUUCUGUAUAUAUUUUUGCUAACAAGGAGCCAUCUCCCGUUGAGAGAAAAAAAAAAAAAAGAAACUAAUCACAGCUAAUUAGUUUCAUUUUCUUUUUUGAUCUAAUUUGCAAUAAUUCUGCUCAAGAGCUUCGUUUGUGCUUGCUAGUUUCUGCACCACCAAGUGUCAAGUGUUAUUGGGUUGUUGAUUCUUACUGUUUUUCUCCAAACUAGAUAGAGAUAAAAAGUAACUCUUCAACUAUAAAUACAUCUUCAGUCUAUCCACUAAAGCAAGAUGCAAGACAUGGGUAGAGAAGACCAGCAUCAUCGCUCUGAUACAGAGCUCAUAUCUGGCGAAAGGGCACCUUACAGUGGUCCCUUAAGCGGGCCUCUUAACAAGAGAGGAACAAGAAAAAGCGCCAGGUUCAACAUCCCAGAAUCCAGUUCCGCCCAGGAUGAGCAAUACGUGGAGGUCACACUGGAUGUUCGCGAUGAUUCUGUGGCCGUUCGCAGUGUGAAGGCUGCAGAAAUGGAAGAAGAUCCAGAGGCGACACUACUUGGCAAAGGUCUGGAGAAAAGAUCUACCUCUAAAGUUAUGAGGAAUGCUUCUACCAGGAUCAGGCAGGUGUCCCAGGAAAUAAAGCGACUUACUUCAUUCUCCAAGAGGCCUCCUCCUCCAGGUCGCCUCGACAGGACCAGAACUGCAGCUGCUCAUGCUUUGAAGGGACUUAAGUUUAUCAGCAAGACUGAUGGAGGUGCAGGGUGGGCCGCCGUGGAGAAGCGGUUCGACGAAAUCACUGCUUCAACUGAUGGGUUGCUUCCUCGCUCACGAUUCUGUGAAUGCAUAGGAAUGAAGGAAUCGAAGGAAUUUGCAGGCGAGUUGUUUGAUGCACUUGCUAGGAAGAGGAAUAUACAAGGAGAUUCGAUCAGUAAGGCUCAGUUGCAGGAUUUCUGGGAACAGAUUUCCAACCAGAGCUUCGAUUCCAGGCUUCAAACUUUCUUUGACAUGGUUGAUAAAGACGCAGAUGGUAGAAUCACAGAAGAAGAAGUCAAAGAGAUUAUUACCCUUAGCGCUUCUGCCAAUAAACUCUCAAACAUCCAAAAACAAGCAGAGGAGUAUGCAGCCUUGAUCAUGGAAGAGCUGGAUCCAGACAAUCAUGGAUAUAUCAUGGUAGAAGACCUGGAAGUGCUUCUAUUGCAAGGACCAAGCCAAUCUGUGAGAGUAGGGGACAGCAAAAACCUGAGCAAAAUGCUUAGCCAGAAGCUGAAGGCUACAUUGGAUGAAAACCCAAUAAGGCGAUGUUGUAGAAGCAUCAACUAUUUCAUUUUCGACAACUGGCAGAGAGCGUGGGUGCUAGCUCUGUGGAUUGGGGUUAUGGCUGGGCUAUUUGCCUGGAAGUAUGUGCAGUAUCGACGCAGAGCUGCCUAUGUGGUAAUGGGUGAGUGUGUCUGCAUCGCAAAGGGAGGAGCUGAGUCACUGAAACUCAACAUGGCUUUAAUAUUACUACCAGUCUGCAGAAACACCAUCACCUGGCUCAGGAAUAAGACCAAGUUGGGUGCUGUGGUUCCUUUUGAUGACAACCUUAAUUUCCACAAGGUAAUAGCAGUUGGGAUUAUAAUUGGAGUUGGUCUACAUGGAAUUUCUCAUUUAGCCUGUGACUUCCCACGGCUUCUUCAAGCAGAUGAAGAAAAAUGGAAACUUAUGCAGCCAUUUUUUGGGGAUCAACCUUCAAGCUACUGGCAUUUUGUGAAGUCAAUAGAGGGGGUGACUGGGAUCAUAAUAGUGAUAUUAAUGGCAAUAGCCUUUACACUAGCUACUCCCUGGUUCAGGCGUAACAGGCUCAAUCUGCCCCCGUUCCUCAAGAAGCUCACUGGCUUCAAUGCCUUUUGGUACUCUCACCAUCUCUUCAUCAUCGUCUACGCCUUGCUUAUUGUCCAUGGUCAUUUCCUCUAUUUAACUGAUAAAUGGCACAAGAAAACGACAUGGAUGUAUUUGGCUAUUCCUAUAAUCUUGUAUGCGAGUGAAAGAUUGACUAGAGCACUGAGGUCCAGCAUCAAGCCUGUUACCAUCAAGAAGGUGGCUAUUUAUCCUGGAAACGUGUUGGCACUUCAUAUGUCAAAGCCUCAGGGAUUUAGAUACAAAAGUGGGCAAUACAUGUUCGUUAAUUGUGCAGCUGUCUCUCCUUUUGAAUGGCACCCCUUUUCCAUCACUUCUGCUCCUGGAGAUGACUAUAUCAGUGUUCAUAUUAGAACCUUGGGUGAUUGGACAAGGCAACUCAAAACAGUAUUCUCACAGGUUUGCCGACCUCCGGACACUGGGAAGAGUGGACUUCUUAGAGCUGAUGACUUCCAAGGAAACAACAAUCAAAUUGGUUUUCCAAGAGUUUUGAUCGAUGGUCCAUAUGGAGCACCAGCACAAGACUACCAUAAUUAUGAUGUGGUUUUGCUUGUGGGUCUAGGAAUUGGGGCAACCCCAAUGAUAAGCAUUGUGAAGGAUAUAGUGAGCAACAUCAGGGCCAUGGAAGAAGAAGGGGAGAGUUCACUAGAAAAUGGUACAGUGCCAAGGACACCUAGUCCUAAUACACUAAAAAGAAAAGAAAACUUCAAGACAACAAGGGCAUACUUUUAUUGGGUGACAAGAGAACAAGGGUCCUUCGACUGGUUCAAAGGGGUGAUGAAUGAGGUGGCUGAGCUAGACCACAACAAUGUCAUAGAGCUCCAUAACUAUUGUACUAGUGUUUAUGAAGAGGGGGAUGCAAGGUCUGCCUUAAUUGCCAUGCUUCAAUCUCUCCACCAUGCCAAGAAUGGUGUUGAUAUUGUCUCUGGUACUCGAGUUAAGUCCCACUUUGCCAAGCCCAAUUGGAGGACUGUCUACAAGCGAAUUGCCCUUAACCACCCCAAUUCUCGAGUUGGGGUGUUUUACUGUGGGGCACCAGCACUUACAAAAGAGCUACGCCAACUAGCCUCUGAUUUCUCACACAAGACAAAUACCAAGUUUGAUUUUCACAAAGAAAAUUUCUAAAUUUCAAGGGAUAAAAAGAGAAAGAGAAGAGAGAGAGAGCUCACUGGCCAAAACUCCUCUUCAGUCCAUCAAGAUUUCACUUUAUACCACGUUGCAAAGAUUUUGGCCUCCUUUGUUGACCUUUAGCUUUAAGUCUGUCAAUAAUGUGUCAUGUAUCAAGUUUUCUUCAGAAUUCUAUGGAAAAAACUGAUAAAAUGGUGCAGCCUACAAGAUAGAGUGGUGGUUGAUUGUAGGGGGGCUGCACAGACCCCACCUUAAAGGAUUGCAAGUAUGUGAGCAUCACUAAUAUCGUGCUCACUUCUCGCCUAUGUGAAAUCUCUAUCUUUAGAAAGGACCAAUGUAAAGUAUUUUCCUCUUUCAUGUGGAAGUAUUAAUAGUUCUAUUGCAAAA